CAUUCAGAGAGCAGGAAGGAAGCUGAGCUGCUCUCGCUUCACUUUCUGUGGGGCGGCUGCAAAUUCGGCCUCAUUAACCCAGGAGUGCUCAGAGGGACCCAAAAAUGAGCCCCCAAGCCCCCCCUGAGCCCCCCAAAUGCUGCUGCUUCAACAUCAAGACAGCAACAGUGGCCCUGGGGAUCUUCCACAUGGUCAUGAGUGUCCUGCUGCUGAUCGAGUAUUCCCUGGAGGUGGCCAAUGGGAAGGGCUUCUGCAAAGACCUGGACAAGGAUUACUACAGAAUUGCUGAUAUCACCACCAGUUUCCUGCUGAUCCUCAUGUUGUUUGUCAUCAGCUUCCACCUCCUGUUCGGGGUGAUCAAGAACAGGGAGCGUUUCCUGAUCCCUUUCCUGGCUCUGCAAGUCAUUGAUUUCCUCCUCAGCCUCCUGACCAUGUUCAGCUCCUACAUCCAGGUGCCAGUGAUCAUCUCCGUGUCCUCCUCCCUGAGCCACACGCAGGGCCACUCCAGGACUCCCCUGCUGGCGCUGCAGCUGCUGGAUUUCUGCCUGAGCAUCCUCACCCUGUGCAGCUCCUACAUGGAGGUGCCCACCUAUCUCAGCCUCAAGCCUCUGGACAGCGGGGGCUCUUUGCCAGCCCUGCAGAAGCUGCCGGCAGAGGAGUACACCAGAGUGAUGAUCACCUUCACCCUCGCCUUCCUGGCCGUGCUCUUGCUCAAGGCCUACAUGUUCAAGUGUGUCCUGAGCUGCUUCAAGUACAUCAAAGCCAGCAACAGGGAGGAGGUCAAAGUGGAGCCACAGGCAGUGGAAAAGGCCGUGCUGCCAUCCUAUGAGGAAGCCCUGGAAUUGCCUUCCAAGGAUUCCCCUCCUCCCUACCUGAGGGUGUGAGCCCAGCCCGGGGGAGAGGCAGCUCUGGGUGCUGCCAGUGCCUCUCCCCUCACCCCAGAGCAGUUCCCAGCUUCUCCCAGCCAGAUCCCACAGGACCUGCUGGAGUCUUGUCCUGCUCUGGCACUUUCCUGCCUCUGGUUCCCACCCCUGAAUCUGGGAUUUGGCUGCUGUGAGGUGCAGGGCUGGCCUGAGCCCUGCCAGCUUUGCUCUGUGCUCCAGGAUGAUGUUUCUGCUCUGGCUCAGCACUGACACCUUUAUGGAGUGGGAUUAAAGGAUGAACAGGGAAGGAAUUUUCUCUGGGAUAACCCAGCCCUGCAGCUCCACCAGCCAGAAUUCCUACAGCAAAGGGAUCAGCCAAAAACCCCCAGGAAUUGCAGCUCUCACCCUGUCUGCUUGUGAUGAUUGACAGCAACCCAGAAUAUCAGCCCAGCAUUGCUCUGCCAUUUCAUACCUGAGUGGGUGCAUUUUUCUGUGCUUUAUGUGACUUGGAAGAUGAGAUUCAAUUAAAAUAAAAA